CACGCAGUCAUGCGCCUCUCUUCCUCUCCGCCAAGAGUCUUUAUCCACGCGUACCGUAUGCCCAGGCGCCAAGAAUCGCAGCGCAGCGCCAGCGGCUUUGCGGGCUCCACUCGCUGCCACACCUGUGGCUGCGCAUCGUCUCAGCAUGGGUGUUGCGCGCCGAUACGCAAACGCAAACUUUCCGCCGGUCGUUCCCUCGACAUAACCACAGCGAAAGGCCCGGCUGUGCAAUCGCCCUGUCUGGCACUUGAUCUGUGCUCUCGCAUCCUCCCCCCCGUAGGCCCCUCGUCGCUAAAACAUAAAGUCGCCCGCCCCGUGUGGGUGUGCACAGCCCGGUCUUUCCUCUGCCACACCAACCUGCCACACGUUCGCUCGCGACCGAAGCCUCACACCUGCCACUGCCACUUCGACGCCUCAAUUAGCCACACCGACUCUAAAUCAACGACGCCCGUUCCCGAAUCCUAGCGAACUGAAUAUGUCGUACCAGCAGCCAAACCAGGGCUACUACGCGCAGCCCCCGCCGCAAGGACCGUACAUGCAGGGCCCGCCACCGCCGCAGCAG